AUGGGGACCGCGCUUGAUGCGCUGGCCCAGCAACCGCUGAACUCGCGCCGUCCAGCAGCUCCCACCUUGCCGAAAUCCGCCCGCAUCACAUCCCCCGAAUGUCAGCGUGGGCAACCUAUUGACUCCGCCCGCCACCAACCAGUCAGGCGAAACCCCCGUAGCACCACCUCUACCCUCCUCGGGGUCCGUACGGCGCUGGGGUGGCCCCCCCAGAACUGGGCGUAUCCCGCUCGCACCUCCUUCUCACCCUCCGGCCGUUCAGCGUCGGUCACAGCGCCCCCGACCACGGACGGGCUGCCACAGCCCUUUGAGGCACCCCCGCUGGCUUCUUACCCGCAGGGCCUUCAGGGCCUUCCCGCCCCGUCCAGCAUUCCCCACGCUUCCCACCCGGUCACCAUGUCUCUUUAUCCGUCUGGCCCCGCGGCCUCCCCAGCUCCUCUCCCCUCCAAUGACCCGUAUAACCCCAAACCUCCUCUGAUGUACAGCACUCCACAUCUCGCCAAUGCCCACCAAACAGGGUUUUCUCCCAUGUAUGGCGCCCCACCCAUCGGAGCCGCAGGUCUCGGAAUCCACCCUUCGGCACGGAUGCUCGCCCAAUCAACCCCUGCCGGGCAGCCAUCGAUGGGGUUCCAACGGCAACCCUGGCCCUCCUAUAGUCUCCCGGCCAUGUCGGGCCCAGUCAUGACCAAUGUGCACAGCCCGAACAGCCCAAUCGGACAUGUCGCCAGCACACAGCAUCUCUACGGAGGACAGCCCCCCCAUGGCAUCCCCGCCCCUUCUCCCGAUCGUCCCUUUAAGUGUGACCAAUGCCCGCAGAGCUUCAACCGGAACCACGAUCUGAAGCGCCACAAGCGGAUCCAUCUGGCCGUGAAGCCAUUCCCAUGUGCUCAUUGCGAUAAGAGCUUCUCGCGAAAGGAUGCGCUCAAGCGACACAUCCUCGUCAAGGGCUGCGGCAAAGAUGGCGAUUCCGAGGCGACGCAAACGGCUCUUGAUGGUUCCGUCAAGGCUGAUCGAAGUGAAGACGGCAGUCCAACCCUGAACGGCAGGGUGUGA